AUGCAUCUAAAUAUUAUGUUUCUUUUUUACCACAGGUCUAUAUUCGUACACGGUUUCGUUGUUGAUGAAAAGAAAAGGAAGAUGUCCAAAUCUAUUGGCAACGUGAUUGAACCCGCUACCAUUAUAAACGGAGGCAAGGACAAGAACAACCAACCGGCAUACGGCGUCGACACUCUAAGAUGGUGGGUGGCGAGUCACGCAACUCAGCAUUCGCAAAUUGUCGUCAGCAAAAAACUGUUAGACGACUGUCAAAAUGAAGUAAUAAGGGUUCGGAACAUCAUGAGAUAUCUGCUAAGCGUCAUCAGUGAUGUGGACAAAGAUAAAUUUCAUCGAAAAUUGACAUUAAAUUACUUCGACAGUUACAUGGUGAAGGAAACGGAAAAUUUCACAAAACAAAUAUUCGACCAUUACGACAACUUCAGAUACAAUCAUGCAGCGCAAUCGAUACUCUAUUUCGUUAGUAAUAAGGUCUCCGGGCUUUACUGUCAUUGUGUUAAGGACAGGUUGUAUUGCAGCCAAAAAGAUUCAGCGGAAAGAUUGUCCGCGCAACUAGUUGUUAAUACCAUUUUAAUAUCUUUGUGCAAGGCUUUAGGGCCGAUUUUGCCUCAUUUAAUAGAAGAAGCAUGGCAACACCAUCCAUUGUUCGAGAAACCAUUCUAUUUCACUAUGGUCAAGCCUGUGUUACCCGCCGAAAAUAUAGAUGUUUCCAUUAUGGACGCCAUUUUGGACAUCAAAAAAGACGUAUGCGUUUUAGCGAAAAAUGAGAGUUUAAAGAAAUUUUCAGCGAAAAUUUAUACGAAUUCUAAUUUGUACCAGAAACUGACGCCUUUAAAUAAAAUAAAUGGCAAUGACAGCGUACUGUGUGAGAUAUUGGAACUGUCAUCUGUCAGUUUGGAGCUGUCAGACGUUGACAGUUGGCGCGUGGAGCUGUCACCAAGUAGUGGAGGGCAGUGUUUACGGUGCAGGAGAUAUAAUACAAAGAAAGGCAGCGACAAAUGUUUAAGAUGCGAGACUGUGCUCGCAGCUUUAUAAAGUAAAGUGUACACAGUG